AUGGGUGAGCAGCCAGUCACUCCGCCCAGGUCUCAUAAACCUCUUAGGGCUUGGUCUAGCAUUCCCUUCCUUCGCAAGGUUAACCAUGACAUAUCGCACCUGAGCGAGACACUUCCUACUAGUCAACAGACAGUCCUUGCUGAUAUAGGCUAUGUGAUUCCCGAAGUUCCUGUCGCAUUCUGCUUCGAAAAUAUCUGUCCACGGAUAUCCUCACGAGACGAUUCGCUUGUCGACAAGGUUUUGUCAAGAUUGACAACGGGCUCGAACAAGAUUAUUGACGCUGAGACUGGCCGAUGGGCAGAUUUCGUGAUCUCCCCACGCGAAUUUUCGAAGCGCGAGGAUCCAACGUCCAACCCUUUAGAUAAUUUGAUCAAGGCUAUUGGGGAUGCUGCCGCUAACGAAGACCCCAGUUUCGACCUCAAUUUUGUUUUUGAAAAUUCACCCUAUGUAUCACCGGCAUCUGACCACUGGAACUCGACUUCGCGCCCCGACGGAUACUUUCGUGUUCGUGACCCAGAGCGGGAGAGGAAGCAGACGGCGCCUCAUUGGAAGGACAUCGCAUUGAGUGCAGAAUACAAGAGAUACACUUUGGAGGAGACAAGGGACGACGUGGUGGGCAAGGUGAUUUGGGGGAUGCACCACUCGAUGAGGGAAGAUCCACGGAGGCGGUUCACAUUCGGGUUGACAAUUGAAGAUUCGAAGAUGCGGCUGUGGUAUGCGAGUCGGGCAGAUGUGAUGGUGACGGAAGCAUUUGACUUCUUGACGGUAUGUGAAAUUUGA